AUGCCAACCUCAUCCCCGUCCUCCCUCCCCCCCUCCACCUCCCCAACCAUCACCCUCACAAACCCAACCCCCAAAGAACGCAUCCGCACCUGGCUCUACAACCAGACAGAAUGGGGCAACAGCCUCACCGUCCCCGCCUACCUCGAGCGCGAGGAAUACCUCCUCUCCAUCCCCCUCGCCCGCAACGGCGGCAUCACCAACUGGAUCCUCACAGACUCUAGCUUUCCCGUCUCCUCCUCCAAGGAUGAUGAUGAUGAUGAAGAGCGGCCCGUGCUCGCCGCCUGCGAGACCCUGCGCAAACGCGCCCUCGUCAGGGACCCCGUCUCCGGAACGGUGCGCGACGUCGUGGCGUACGGCGUCGCCAGCGUCUUCACCAACAAGGCGUUCCGCGGGAGGGGGUACGCGGGCAAGAUGAUGGAGCUGCUGAGGGGCUACAUGGCCGGCCAGCACCGGGAAACGGGCGGCGGCGAGCCCGCCUUUUCCGUCCUCUUUUCAGACAUUGGCAAGCAGUUCUACGCAAAGCACGGCUGGAUCCCCCUCGAGAACACGCAGCUCGAGUACCGCGUGAGGGAACAAAAAACCCCCCCCGAACCGGAACCGGAACCAAGCAGCAGCAACAACAACAACAACAACAACAACAUUACUCUUCUGGGCGAAGAGCAUCUUUCGGAACUCGCAGAGAAAGACGAGGCGCUUCUCCGAAAGGAAAUCGCAAAGCCUAACCCUGUGGACGCGUCAAAGACGAGGGUCGCUGUGAUUCCGGACGUGGAUGCUUUGCAGUGGCACUUGUAUCGCGAGGGCUUCAUCUGUAACGCUUCCUUUGGCAGGAAACCCUCCGUUCACGGCGCGCUGUACACCUCUCCCUCGACGGGAUCUCGUGUCUGGGCCUGGUUCGAGAGGAACCAUUACGGCGGCCCUGAGAAGCCGGAGAAGAACCUCUUGAGUUUCCUCCGCUUUGUCAUUGAGGACGAGAGCAUUCCCGAUGAAGAGCUGUCCGAGGCAGUCGUGGGCAUUUUCCGGGUCGCGGAGAGGGAGGCCAGGGACUGGAAAUGCUCAAAGGUCGAGAUCUGGAAUCCCAACGCCAGAGUCAGGAGGGCUGCUGAGGCUGCUGCUGAAUUUCAGACUACGUUUGUUGUAAGGCAAGACAAGAACUUGGCCAGUCUGAACUGGUUCGGCGAGGGGUCUGCGGAAGACUUGGACUGGGUUGCCAACGAGAGAUUCGAGUGGUGCUAG